AUCCUAGAGAUGAUCGUUGAAAAAGAAAAAAAAGGUACUCACACCACGACAACCACCACCUUCUUCUUCUUCUUCUUCUGUUCUCUCUUCAAUCUUGAUAGUGCUUUAAUUAAGCCCACCUACAAUUUCACGCUCCCUUUCAUUUUUAUACCCUCUAUGCACCAUCCUCCACUUCACUUAAUAAACCAUCUCAUUCUCCUCCAAUUCCCUAAAAUGGCCACUCUUUCCUCCUACGACCACUUCAUCUUCACUGCCUUAGCUUUCUUCAUAUCUGGCCUAAUUUUCUUCCUCAAACAGAAAUCCAAAUCCAAAAAGUUCAACCUCCCUCCAGGACCCCCCGGGUGGCCUAUUGUUGGGAACCUCUUCCAAGUUGCUCGUUCUGGGAAACCUUUCUUUGAGUAUGUGAACGAUGUGAGACUCAAAUAUGGCUCAAUCUUCACCCUCAAGAUGGGAACAAGGACCAUGAUCAUCCUCACCGACGCAAAACUGGUCCACGAGGCCAUGAUCCAAAAGGGUGCAACCUACGCCACCAGGCCCCCCGAGAACCCCACCAGAACCAUCUUCAGUGAAAACAAGUUCACCGUGAAUGCAGCGACCUAUGGCCCCGUGUGGAAGUCGCUGAGGAGGAACAUGGUGCAGAACAUGCUCAGCUCAACAAGACUUAAGGAGUUUCGCAGUGUUCGGGACAAUGCGAUGGACAAGCUCAUCAACAGACUCAAGGACGAGGCCGAGAAGAAUAACGGCGUGGUUUGGGUGCUCAAGGAUGCCAGGUUUGCUGUUUUUUGCAUACUUGUGGCUAUGUGUUUUGGUCUUGAGAUGGAUGAGGAGACAGUGGAGAGAAUAGAUCAGGUUAUGAAGAGUGUUCUCAUCACUUUGGACCCGAGAAUUGAUGACUAUCUUCCAAUUCUAAGCCCCUUUUUCUCAAAGCAAAGAAAGAAAGCCUUGGAGGUUCGCAGAGAACAGGUUGAGUUCUUAGUUCCAAUUAUAGAACAAAGAAGAAGAGCAAUUCAAAACCCUGGGUCAGAUCACACCGCCACAACGUUUUCCUACCUAGACACACUUUUUGACCUCAAAGUUGAAGGGAAGAAAUCAGCACCCUCUGAUGCAGAAUUGGUGUCUUUAUGCUCAGAGUUUCUUAACGGUGGCACAGACACAACAGCAACAGCGGUUGAGUGGGGCAUAGCACAGCUCAUAGCGAACCCUAACGUUCAGACAAAGCUGUACGAGGAAAUAAAGAGAACGGUGGGAGAGAAGAAGGUGGAUGAAAAGGACGUUGAGAAAAUGCCAUACCUACACGCUGUGGUGAAGGAGCUUCUAAGAAAGCACCCUCCAACACACUUUGUGCUAACACAUGCUGUGACUGAGCCCACCACUUUGGGAGGGUAUGACAUACCAAUUGAUGCAAAUGUUGAGGUGUACACACCAGCCAUUGCUGAGGACCCCAAAAAUUGGUUAAACCCUGAGAAGUUUGACCCUGAGAGAUUCAUCUCUGGGGGUGAGGAAGCAGACAUAACUGGGGUCACAGGGGUGAAGAUGAUGCCAUUUGGGGUUGGGAGAAGGAUUUGCCCUGGCUUGGCUAUGGCCACAGUGCAUAUUCACCUCAUGAUGGCAAGGAUGGUGCAGGAGUUUGAGUGGGGUGCAUACCCUCCAGAGAAGAAGAUGGAUUUCACUGGCAAGUGGGAGUUCACUGUGGUCAUGAAGGAGUCUCUAAGAGCAACCAUCAAACCAAGAGGAGGAGAAAAAGUGAAGUUGUAAAAUUUUCCUGCUUCUAUUCUUCUGGGUUUUAAAUUUCACAGACAACAUAAAUAUUAUUGCUAUUAUCAUCAUCAUAUAUGUAUACAUCAUCAUGGUUUGUGGUUGAUUUGCAUACAGAGUACUGCAAGUUUCAUCCCAUCAUUAUAUUGUCUUAAUUGGUCUGGUUUGUUGGAGUUGUGACAAAAAUGGAUAUUUGUUGGAUAUUUACAGUUAUCUUCUUUAUUUAAUUAUUAUGUGAACAUCCCUUUUUGAAGAAAUCCAUAUAUAUCUAGUGGUAGGCAUAACUUUUUCUA